AUGGCAAGAGCGUGGUUCACGUCGUAUCUCCUGCUGCCAGUUUUGCUUGUAGUACAUGCUGCAAUCGUCCACGUCCAGACCACAGCACCGCCAAACAUUAUUUUCAUCCUGGCGGAUGAUCUGGGCUGGAAUGACCUCAGUUUCCAUGGCUCUGACCAAAUUCCGACGCCUAAUAUUGACGCCCUGGCGUACAACGGGAUCAUCUUGAACAGCCAUUACGUUUUGCCAGUGUGCACGCCAUCCAGGGCUGCACUUAUGACGGGGAAGUACCCUAUACGCACAGGAAUGCAAGGAGCGCCACUGCUGCCGGGGGAGCCGCGAGGGCUGCCAGAGGGCAAGAUCAUGCCGCAGUACCUGAAGGAGCUGGGCUACGUUACCAGGGCCGUGGGCAAGUGGCACCUGGGCUUCCACAGGAAGGAGCUGACGCCCACGUUCCGCGGGUUCGACUCCCACCUCGGCUACUGGAGCGGUCACGUCGGCUACUACGACUUCAUAGAGCAAUUUUUUGGUGUGGGUGGCGGCUACGAUAUGCGAGAGAACAUGACGACGUCGUGGGAGUACUCUGGUCGCUACGUGACGGACGUGUUCACGGAGGAGGCGGAGAGGCUGAUAGCUGAGCACGACACUGGGAGGCCGCUCUUCCUCUACCUGGCGCACCUCGCCUGCCACGCCGGGAUCGACGCCAAGUGGCUGGAUGCCCCCCAGGAAGUCAUCAACAGAUUUGGAUACAUCUCGGAUCCCAACAGGCGCAUACUUGCAGGUGUGCUGUGGAAAAUGGACGAGUCUGUGGGACGCGUUGUGGCUGCUCUUGAAGAGCGUGGGAUGCUUAACAACUCCAUCAUAGUGUUCGCCUCGGACAACGGAGCUCCGACAACUGGUAACGAGCCCAACUGGAGCUCCAACUACCCUCUGAGAGGGCUAAAACAGACCCUAUGGGAGGGAGGAGUUCGCGGUGCCACUAUGGUGUGGAGUCCCCUAUUCAGCAGCGCUCCCAGGGUGUCCAACCAGAUGAUGCAUAUCGUUGACUGGUUACCCACAUUGUAUUCAGCUGCUGGUGCAAACGCGUCGAGUCUCCCAACGGACCUGGAUGGUGUGGACAUGUGGGAUGCCCUGGUGAGCGGCGGAGAGUCGCCACGCACGGAGAUUCUGCUCAACCGCAACGACGACGACGGGUAUGCCGCAGUGAGGGUCGGCGACUGGAAACUCGUCAAGGGAAAGCAAUACAAUACUGCCGACACCGGCUACCACGGGGCUAGUGGUACGGAAGACGGCUCGAGCACCCCAGCCUACAACACAGAGCAGGUGGCGGGCAGCCUCGCAGGCCUGGCCGUGUCCAGGCUGUCUGGAGCGGCCGCCCCCUCUGACGUCAUGCUGCGGCUGAGGGCGGAGGCGACGGUGUCUUGCCCCGAUCGGCCGCAGACCCCCGCGUGCGUGCCCGCGAGCGAGGACGACACGUGCGUCUUCAACGUGGCGCGGGACCCCUGCGAACAAGGCGCGUCGUCGGAGUCUCCGGAAGUGCUGACCAUGCUACUGGAGAGACUGGACGCUCUGUCGGAUCCGAUGCUGCCCGUCUAA